AUGGCUAAAUUUAAAAAUCCUUUCGGAAAUCCAUUCAGUGUGCAAGAUGUGAAAAUGAAGGAUCCAGAACUUCCAGAAAUUAACUACGUUCCAUCUACAUAUUGUAGACUGAUGGAUGAAAUGAUUGGGGUUAAAAGUAGACCGUGGAAUCCUGAUCGUAGACCUUUAGAGCUUUCUCAGACUUUUGCUUUACCCGAUAUGAAUCCGGAAGAGUUGGUGUUUACUCAAAUUACUGAAAACUGUGCUUGUAAAUCGGCAGUUGCAGCAGUUGCUGGGUUUGGUCUAGGAAUUCUUUUCGGAUUGUUUACUGCUUCAGUUGAUCCUCAGUCAUCAAUGAGGGGCGUUGAUGCAACUAAAAUUCCAACACUGAAGCAAAUGUGGUUAGAAUCGAAGUCGCGAAUGCGUUCAUAUGGCAAAAAUUUUGCUUCUAUUGGUUUUCUAUUUACUGGCACUGAGUGCUUAGUAGAAAGUUAUCGAGCGCGUAACGACUGGAAAAAUGGUACGUUAGCUGGAGGCAUUGUAGGUGGUCUACUUGGUUUUCGUGCAGGUUGUUUUGGAACUUUGCUUAAUAUUACUUUAAUUUUCAAGCUCUUUGAAUUUAACUUCGAAUUACCAGUGAAAAGAGUAGGUGGUUAUCCUCUUGCGGAAUUCACCAAAUUAUCAUUUCACUGUUAUUUUUUAAGGAUGGUUUCGGUUCCAUUGAUGAUCGAGCUGAGUGGUGUAUUUUUCCUAACAUUGUUAUUAUUAAAUAAAUAUGGCAGUUGGCGACAGCAGCACUUCAUCGUUAUGAUCUCUACACUUAUUAGCUGGUUCUUGUCUUUCGUUAUCAUAUUUAUCUUACCAUUGGAUAUUGCAAUUACUUUUUACAAUCGCUGUUGGCUGAAUGAAAAUAAGCUGCUAGUUGAAAUCACUCCAGAAAUCAACAAUGCUUCAAUACCAUUAUGUGAAAAACCCAUAGGCUUUGUGCCAAACUAUGUUUUGUUACAAGUCUGGCGUGUCGUGAUUAUUUUACCGUUAAUGCAGGGUUAUUCAAAUGCUGGUGAUUUUUCGGCUUGCAGGAAAUUGCAGUCAGCAGUAUAUAGUAAUGGUGUAUAUUACGGCGCGUAUCUAAUUAUUUUUUUCAUGCUAAUGCUGUAUGCAGUUAUGAAAGGAGUAGCACUGAAUGCGGAACAUCUGAAAGUCAUUCUCAUUUCUGCUUCUAAUACUUGGGGCCUAUUUUUUUUGGUAAUUCUGUUAGGAUAUGGUUUGGUAGAGGUACCACGCCAAUUUUGGCUCAUGGGGAAUCAAGACUAUCGGCUGAACAAGACAUAUUUUGAUGUGGACAAAUUAUCAUCAGAUAAAAAUGAUGCUGAAGAUAUUCUGCCAGAAAUUUAUAAGGAAGCUCAAAGUAUUUUAACAUCGCUGUGUAAUGAACAUACAUUACGUGGAUAUGCGCGGACAAUUGUGGCAAAAUUUCCAUCUGAAUUGGUAUCACAGAUCACUUCUAGAUCAAAUGCUAAUUUUUUAGCAGCUUCAGAUAUUAAACCGAAUAAUGAAAGCUUUGCAUCGAGGAAAAAGUAUUUGGUACGAUUACAUAAGCGUGUAAUCAAUGCAAUACAAAAUCACCAUAGAAUACAAGCACAGUGGAACGCCUUAGUUCGGCAGGCCUUAUAUUUGGAAGACGUUCAUCAGGCCGAAAUUACUGGUCAUUUUGUUCGGGAAAAUAAGCAUCGAGCAAGUACAGUCUGCUUUAUAUCACAGUUUUAUUUUUUCUGGCAUGUAAUGUGCAAAAAAUUCUUGUUAAGGAUUUUUGGGCUUUUCUUCUUUCUUAUGACUGCAUUUAUUAUGUGGAGUGAAUGCACGUUUUUCAUCGUACAUCCUCGUUUAUCGCUUGCUGCAUUUAUUAUUCAUUAUGUAGCAUACGGUUAUCAUUACCUUUACAUUCAGAUUUGUGCAACUGCAAUCAUAUCAUAUCUUUGUGUCUGUGCGUAUUAUACUGUAUUUAAAUUGAGAAUAUAUCGUUAUUAUCAUCUCGAUCCGCAUCAUAUGACUGAUGAAAAUAGCUUGUUGUUUAGUGCUAUCCUUCUGUGUCGUCUAACUCCACCAAUAUGCUUAAAUGUAUUGGGAAUGAUUCAUCUUGACUCGCAUAUCACUUCGAAUGAUGAUUUUGGAGUUGAGACACAAUUCACUAAGCUGAUGGGUCAUUUAGACUUGAUACCAGUUUUGGCAAAAGGGAUUAACAUAUAUCUUCCUAUCCUAAUUGUUUUACUUGCCCUUGGAACUUGGUUCAAUGACGACGAAAUGACAGUGGAGUCGAUUAGUAGCGGUAAAGCUCUUGUUUUGUUAGAACGUAAUAAGAUGACACGCACAGCUUACCGAGAAGAAAAGAAUCAAUAUUGGACCGAAAAAUUGACUUCAAAGGCGCCUGUUACAGGUGAAUCUAUGAAAAUUACCAUAUAUAUCGGGAAAAAUAUUUGUUGUCUCUGCUCUCAUAAAUACAGUGAUCGUGUACCAUUCAUAGCAGAUGACAGUGAACAGUAUCCAUCAUUUGGUAUGACUGAGAGCAUAGGACAUGAAUUUUCUGUUGUUCAUCCAUCUCCAAAUAUGUUUGAUGAUCUCUAA